AUGGCCGAUUCCUCCGCAGACGAAGAAAUUGAAACCAGCGAUCUCGAUAAAAAACUUCCCGCGAUAAAGACAGAAGAUUCUACCUCUACGAACAAUUUUACUACAAAUACCAUGCCUACGGAAAAAACUUCAAUUUCGAUCGGACACAUUGAAGCGUUCGAUAUAUCCAAACAAGCUACUUGGGGGUCUUACAAAAGACGAUUUGAUAUCUUUUUAGAGGCCAAUGGAGUCACAGCAGCAGGUCUUAAACGAGCAACAUUUCUCACUGUUUGUGGAGCACCUUUAUUUGACCUAUUGGAAUCCCUAAUUUCUCCGAGAAAGGUAACCGAACUUGAUUAUGAUACAAUUUGUAAGACUCUUUCUGAUCAUUUCUCCCCACCUCCUUCUGAGAUUGCAUCAUUCUACAAUUUCUUUAAGCGCGACCAACUUCCCGACGAGAAAAUUACAGACUAUGUUGCAGAGCUUCGAAAAAUUGCAAGCCAGUGCAAUUUCGGCAGUUCACUGGAUCGCAUGUUAAGAGACCGAUUUGUGUGCGGACUUCGUGAUAGCCGGUUACAACAGGAGCUCAUAUCAACACCAGCACUUACAUUCCAAGCCGCUCAAGAGAAAGCAGCUGCAGCAGAAGCAGCAAUCCGUAGUUUGCAAAUGAUCAAAGCAAAUGUGCCUACAUCAAGCAGCAGUGAUGACCAAGUUAACGCUGUUCAGAAAGUUCUCACAAAGGAAAAGCAUAAAAAGCCAAAAUACACUAAAAACAAUUCAGUUGUCUCUCAGUCAGGUGCAUGUUAUAGCUGUGGAGGUUCGCACUUACGUUCUGCCUGCAAGUUUCGCACAGCUGUCUGCAACACAUGUGGCAAAACUGGACACAUAAGUAAGGUAUGUAGGGGUGGGAAGAGAGAUGGUCAGGGUCAUAGAAGUAACAAGUCAGCGGCAAAUUCUAUCGUCAAUCAGAUUUCAUGCUUUCCAAAUUUAAAACAACAAACAAAUAUAAUUUUAAAUGGACGAAAAUGCGAGUUCGAAGUGGACUCCGGUUCCAACUUCACAAUCAUUUCUGAUUCUAGCUUUGAUAGGUUGUGGCCACAAUUUAAACCAAAACUGUCGAACGUAUCAUUAAAAAUUAUGGACUUUCAAGGAAAUGCGAUAACAUUUAAAGGCGAGUGUCCAGUUAAUGUCUGGUACAAGGGCCGAGAAAUUCGAAAUUUAUCACUUCUCAUUGCUGCUGGUACGCGCACGAACAUUUUAGGUUGCAAUUGGUUUGCGGCCUUAGGAAUAUCUAUUCAAGGAGUUCAUUCCCUUCAAUCAUCUUCAAUUGUUCAUGAAGUUGUAAAUGAUUACCGUGAUCUGUUUUCUAAUGAAUUGGGGGUUUAUUCAGGACCAGCCAUAUCUCUUGCGGUGAACCCAGAAGUUGCACCAAUUCAUUUACCGGCUAGAAGAAUACCUUUUGCGAUUCGAUCAAAGGUAGAAGCGGAGUUAGACCGCAUGGUGUCACAGGGUAUUCUCGAACCUGUGGACUAUUCAAGGUGGGCGACACCAAUUGUUCCCGUUUCAAAACCAAAUGGUUCCAUACGCAUUUGUGGCGACUACAAGGCAACCUUGAACAAGGCGUUACAGCCACAUUGCUAUCCAAUUCCUUCAAUGCACGAGCUUAUUGCAAAUCUACCACAGGGGGCCGUUUUUGCAAAGUUGGAUCUGGCCCAGGCAUAUCAGCAACUUACUGUCGAUGACGAAACUGCUCAAGCUCAAACUAUAAUUACGCAUAAAGGUGCAUUUAAGGUAAAAAGACUGCAAUUUGGAAUUUCUUCCGCUCCAGGCGAAUUUCAAAAAUGCAUGUCAGGGUUGUUGCGUGGCAUUGAUGGUGUGGUGUGCUACUUGGAUGAUGUUGUUGUUGUUGGUGAAAACUCUGAAGGUUUAGCUCGACAACUUCGAACUGUUUUUGAUAAAAUACGUACAGCUGGUCUUAAAUUGCGGAAAGAAAAAUGCAUGUUCGACGUGCCGUCCAUUAAUUUCUUGGGUUUUCGAAUAGAUGCCAGCGGAAUACAUCCCUUGCAAGAAAAAAUACUUUCGAUACAGAAUACGCCCCCACCUAAAAACAAAAGCGAGCUCCAAGCGUUUUUAGGACUCUUAAAUUUCUACCAUUCUUUUCUUCGUUCAAAGGCUACGUUGGCGGAGCCUCUUCAUAGACUUCUAGAUAAGGAUUCACCAUGGAAGUGGACAAAGAUUCACCAAAAUUCUUUCGUGAACCUUAAGAAUCUUUUAUCGUCUGAUAGUGUGCUAAUGCCGUUCAAUGAGAAACUACCGGUCGUACUUACGUGUGACGCUUCACCUUACGGAGUGGGUUCCGUCCUAGCACAUUUAUUGCCAGAUGGGUCAGAGCGUCCGAUUUCAUAUUAUUCAAAAACUCUAAAAAAAUCAGAACGCAACUAUGCACAAAUAGAUAAGGAAGCGCUAGCGAUUGUCACAAGUAUCAAAAAGUUUCACGAAUAUUUGUACGGCAGACCAUUCUUGAUAUAUACGGACCACAAACCGUUGUUGGGUUUGUUUUCACCCUGCAAACCCACUCCAAAUACCAUUUCAGAGAGGAUGCUUCGCAACAUUAUUUUCUUAAGCGCCUACAAUUACAAUCUGCAGCACAAACCAGGAAAGGAAAUCGCUCAUGCCGAUGCGUUAAGUCGUUUACCAGAUGACAAAUCGAUUGAUUCUGAACAAGACGAAGAAGAAGAAGUAGUCUUGAUGAUCGAACUUCUAGAUUCGCCACUGCUACAGGCGAACGACAUUGCAAAAGAGACCAAAAAAGACAAGAUAUUGUCACGUGUCUUACACUGGACUGUAAGAGGAUGGCCAACUACAACUGAACCAGACUAUAAGGUGUUUUUUGAUCGAAGGAACGAGAUUUCAUCUAUCAGAGGCUGUUUAGUAUGGGGUCAGAGAGUGAUAGUCCCUGAAAUUCAUCGUUCAAAGCUUCUAACCGCACUUCACGCAAACCACCCUGGGAUAGUUCGUAUGAAGGCUUUGGCAAGAAGUUAUGUUUGGUGGCCGAAAUUGGAUUAUGACAUCGAACAGACAGUAAAGCGGUGCAAUAUCUGCCAACAAACGCGUUCUGACAUAUCUCCUAUCAAAGGAUAUACUUGGGAGGAAGAAAAAAAUCCUUGGUGCAGGAUUCACAUAGACUUCGCGGGCCCAUUCAAGGGAAAUCUUUUCUUUUUAGUUGUAGACUCACACUCCAAGUGGUUGGAGGUACAUCCUGUUGCUUCUACAUCGUCCGUAUGUGCCAUGACAGUUUUAAGGCAGCUUUUUGCUACCCAUGGCAUACCCGAUGUCAUUGUUUCGGACAAUGGCUCAGCGUUUACAUCCUAUGAUUUUAAUACAUUUUGCGAAAAUAAUUUAAUAAAACAUAUCUUUUCAGCUCCAUUUCACCCAUCAACAAAUGGCCAAGUGGAGCGAAUGGUACGCACUACAAAAGAAUAUUUAAAAAAGGUUCCAAACGGAGAUAUUCGUUUACGUCUAGCACGAUUCUUGUUAGAUCAACACGUAACACCACAUUCUUCUACUGGGCGGUCACCUGCGGAGUUGCUUUUUAAUCGGCGACCUCGCACAUAUUUCGACAAACUGCAUCCUGAAUCGAUACCAAUUCAAGUAAGAGGUUCACAGCAACAAGAGGUCUCGAAGCAAAACAAUUACGAUAGUGGUGAACCAGUUUGGUAUCGGAAUUAUGCACAAGGACCAAGAUGGGAACCAGGUCGAAUAUCAGAAGUUAAGGGUCCUGUUUCUGUAGUCAUCGAAUCCAAAGGUGGGAAGGAAAUUCAUCGUCAUGCAGAUCAGAUCCGUCGUAGGUCUGUAGAGCAGAGAUCUGACAAUCCUACGGCAGAGAUGCCACCACCACCAGUUGCUACGUCAUCAGCAAUUCGACCAGAACCUCGCCGAUCAGAUAGGCUUCGCAAAAAUACUCAGCCUAUUGUAGUACCCAUACAACCUGAAGUUCGUCGAUCGGAUAGACUUCGCAAAAAGACUCAGACUUCGGAAGUAGUUUCAUCUUUGGGCGAAGGAGUGUUGCAUACUCACCCUGUAAUCGUUGAGUAA